AGUUGAACCGACCGGCUGACGAAAUGUCUGAAAAUCUACAAACUCUGCUGGUACUUGGUCCGUUCUCAUUGCAGUUUCGUGAGUCGGUGCAGGAAGAGUGCGCUCUGAAGUACGGCGCGGGCAUUUUUUUUGGUGUGUUUUCACUUGUCUCUUGAACACCUAUUCCUACGGGAGUUCACGGCCAGAAGUAGCCAAUUUGCGGGUCACUUGUACACGAGAAUCGUGCGGUCAAGUGCAGAGGCCAAGGUAGUGCAGUGCUUGAAUUGAGACUAUCGUCCUUUGCGGAAAACCUACCCUCGAACCUUUUAUCCCUUGUGUGACUACGACGUUGAAAAUAUUCCAUCGUCAGCUAUGAAGUGUUUGUGGGUGUCCGUGGCUAUUUGUCUAGUGCUCUCCAUGGCGAUGGUCAGCGCCAAGAAGAAGAACAAAUACGAGGGAGACUUUGAGUUUGUCGAUGAGGAUGACAAAUCAUCAAUACAGAAACCAACACCAGAGAAAAAGAAAUGGAUACACGAUCCUUCGAGUGACUUAUGUCGACCACUUAACUGCAAGAAAAAGGAGCUUUGCCUCUUGGAAGACGCAUACACAGCAGUAUGUGUCUCGAAGAAAGAACUUCAUCGAAACAGGGAUGAGAUAAUUACGAAAGCAAAAUUGGCUGGUGAUGAUGAUACAAAGAGGAAAUUGGAUCUUGAUAUGGAUGAAUUACAGGAUCAAGAUGACCCUGAAGAGGACAGUUCGCAAGACGAUGAUGUCUUUUACGAUACAACAACAGGAGAUCGGGACGAAGAGAAUUGCAAGCCGUGUCCUGUGACGAAGCCCAUUUUUAUAUGUGGUUCUGACAAUCGAACGUACUCAUCCCUAUGUCGUCUAGACUAUCACAACUGCAUCCAUGCUACAGCCAUCAAAGUUGCGUGCAAGGGCUUCUGUCCGUGCCGUGAUACCAACGAUAUUAAGAAACAGCAGCGAUUGAUAGAUCGUCAGAAUGCACUCAAUGCCAAGUAUAAGUUGACUGUUGAAGGAAAUGGUGGUGAUGACAUUGAUGCUAAAAAGUACAAGGAGGAUAAGAAUCGUCACUUCAAUCACAUAAAUUCUCAGUUUACCUUCACGCCAGAAGAUAUAAAAUACGACAACAAACACUACAAAUAUCUUAAGUACAGUGCAUCAUCCUACAAGAAUGGCAAGGAAAAGGAUUCGUACAACAGAAUGGACGAAAAGCACAAAUAUCGCACAUACAACGAAGUCAUUGAUAAGCCCGGAAGUAAGUCAUCGAAGAAUCCCAACAGCAUUCGUUUUCCCUCAAAGUCCGGUGAGUGCAAGCCACAGCAAUUGACGGCAAUUGGAAAUCGACUUCUCGACUGGUUCUCCGUGAUUAUGGCAGAUAGCAAAAAGCGUCGUCAGCACUCACAGAAAUCUAAGGCACAUUUCCCGCCAGCGUGUAAGAGCGAAGCCAAGUGGAUGUUUGGCCACCUGGACCUGAAUAAUGACGGUCAAUUGACUACUCAAGAGCUGUAUGACCUGGAGCAUGAUCAGAAUGAGCGCUGCAUCAAACCCUUCAUUGACACCUGCGAUCUGGACCAGGAUAGUGCCAUCAAUCCCAGGGAAUGGUGUCGGUGCUUUGAGAAAACAGACCGACCCUGUGCAGCCGUCAGACGACGAAUUGGUGGAGAUCUCUUGGGUGCUUAUGCUCCUGAUUGCGACAUCCAAGGGUUCUACAAACCGACACAGUGCCACAAUUCUGUGGGCGUGUGCUGGUGCGUGGAUAAGCAUGGUGUUGAGUUUGCUAACACUCGCACCCGAGGGAAGCCCAAUUGUGAAGAUGUAAUUAAUAGUGCAGCUUCUUUAACUUCCGACGAUGAGGACGACGAAGACGAUGAUGAUAGUUCUGAAGGAAGUGCAGAUCGUCUUCUUGUGUUCUAAACGAGAGGAUUGGCGUAUUUCUUUUCUUAUUUCUUUCUUUAUAUUUUUAAUUUUGCAGCUGAGACACUCCAAAGAUGUACUCUCAAUGAUGGUAUUACUUAAUGGACAUAUAAAAGAAAAAUACCAAUUUAUUUAGUAGAACAGUGAGAGUGUGAUGAAAUGGAAUCAAUUUUGAAUUGCCUAAACAGACGAAAAAAAGUGGUUGUUUUUUGUAAUAAGCACUCAUCAUCACCAAGAAAACACCAACCAUGUGAGAGUUAGUGAAGCAUUCCAUAUGAAAAAAAAAUCAUCAUUCACUUAGAAAGUUCAUUGAAUAAUUCUGUUCGAUAAGAAUAAUAAUAUAUUUUUCUUUAAAACGAACCCUCUCUCAUAAAAGUCCUGGGAGGUAAAAUGGUAGAAGAUAUGGAAUUCUAUGAGAUUUCACAUGGAUGAAAGUAGAAUUCCCUGGAGCGUGCCAAAUGACAGACAUUCACAAUCUCCUUCCAGAUUGUUGUUGCUUGCAGAAAAUUGCACAAUCCCUGCAGAAAAGAUAUAAAAAGAAGCCAUGAGAGAGAGUAAAUGAUCAACACAGUGUGUUUCGGAAUAAGUGUUGCAGAAAUAGGAAAGGUUCUAGUGGGCAUUUAUAUAAAAAUGUUAAUUUUUUAUGGUUAAUAAAAUAGAAUUUCGAUGGAUCCUUAACCAUUUUAUUGCUCUUCAAGCUAAGUUAGUGAAAGAAUUUUACGUGACUCUCACAGACUUGAGGAUAAAAUCCAACAUGGCUUAAAAGGAUACAGAUUGAGGGUUUAAGUCAUCACCGAAAGACCUUUAUUUUAAAUAUAAUUUAAAUAUUGUAAAUUUCCAGGUUUAGAAAAAAAUCAUUUAGGCGCUAUCCAUAUGCAAUAAUCAAAUAUUUAAUAUCAUAAAACAUUUUAGAUACAUCACGUUCUCUGAUUGGUUAAAGAUUAUAAAUACUCAAAUCGUUAGCCAAUUAGAAUGUGAUAAGAUUUGAAUAUUUAAUAUGUAAUAAUGCCUAAACGUCUAAAUGCCUAGAAGAAGCAGCUAGGCUUUCAACCUCAAAGUCUUAAUCUUAAAGGCGGACUUCGAAGCAUAACUAAUUGUGAAAUACUCGAACCAAUCUGGCCGGACAACUCGAAAUAUCGAAAGGGUGCGUGAAUACGUAGCCAUAGAAUCCAAAGAACAUUUCGGAAACUAUGAGAAGGCACAGUGAAUCCGUGUUGUUUGAGAGAGAACGCUUUAGAAGCCACUGUAAAUGCCUAGCUAACCUAAGGUUUAUGCUUAGAAACCUAAAGUCAACUGUUCUUGAUUAACGAGAAUUCCCAUAAAAUCUUGAGAAUGCAUCGGAACUCAUAGAAAACCCUUGUGAACUAACAAGGAAUGCUUGGGAACUCAGAGUUGGGAAUUCCAAGCACCUUCGGAAAAUCACGGGAAGUCUUCGAAUUUCACGUAAACCCAUGGGAACCUCAGGGAAACCCACCGGUAACGUUCGAGAACACGAUAAAUGUUCAGGAUCCUAUAAACAAAACCUAUGGAAUCAUUCGGUACUAGUGCAGAUGCUUGGUAAACCUUGAAAAUUCAUCAAGAACCUUUUGGAAACCAUAAGAAUACAUUGUGAACCUUUAUGAUUUGAUAAGGAAUAAUCGGUAAGACGGUACCGAAGAUAAAAUCGGUAAGAUCGGUAAUUCUUAGAACGCGCAGUAUGGCACUGUAAAUGGUUAGCAAACCUGGUGAAUCCUCAGAAACCUGAAAUCAAGUACUGAAAAUAAUUUCCGGAAAAUUCUUGAUAAUGCUGUGAGGAACGCUUGGGAACCAUCAGUAAAUGCUCAGGAAUGCAUAGUUAAUCUGGGAUAUCCUUCGGAUCCCACUAAGAAUCUUUGAUUAAACGCAGAGAACUUUUGAGAACCCAAAGGAAAGUCUGAUACCCUUAGAAAUCCAUAGGGAAUACUAGAGAACGUAUCGUAAAUGUUCAAGAAUCUUUCAAAUAAAAACUAGGGAAACCUUAGUAUAUCGACGAAGAUCAUUUGAACGCUCGGUAUGCCACUGUACAUGCUUAGAAGACCUGGAGAAUCAUUAGAAACCCAAGAUUUACUACUAGAAAUUCAGAAAAAUCUCCAGAAAAUCCUUGAUGAAGCAUUAGAACUCAUAGGGGACCCUCGUGAACCUACCUAAUCUGGGAAACCUUUCGGAUCCCACUAAGAAUCUUUGUGGAAACUCAGGGAACUUUUGGGAUCCCAAGAGGCAGUCUAGGGAAUUAAUAGAAACGCACUGACAACCUUGAGAAUCCAAGUGGAAUACUAGAGAGCCUAUGGUAUAUGUUCAAGAACCUUUCAAUAAAAAAACUAGGCCGCCCUUGGUAACUCUCGUAGAAUCCUUGGAAUGCUCGAUAUGGCACUGUAAAUGCUUAACAUACCUGGCGUAUCCUCAGAAACCCAAGAUUAACUACUGUAAAUUCAUGGAAAUCUCCAAGAAAUUCUUGAAGAAGCAUGGAAACUCAUACGAAACCCUUGUGAACCUACCAGGAAUACUCAAGUAUGAACUGUAAAUGCUCAGAAAUGCCUAGUAAAUUUGGGAAACCCAUAGUAUCCGACUAAAAAUCUUUAAAAAGACGUAGAGAACCUUUGAGAACCAGAGAGGAAUACUAGAAAACGCAUCGUAAAUGGUCAAGAACAGUAUAAAAAAAAACUAGGGAACCCUUAGUAACUCGCGGAGGAUCAUUGGAAACCCUUGAAAACUUAUCAAGGAUCUUUAGGAACCCAUCAAAAUACACUGUGAACCCUUGUAAUUUGACAGUUAACGAUCGGUAAGCCACUGCUGGAAAGGUUUAGAAAACCUGGCGAAACCUUAAAAACUCAAGAUGGACUACUAAAAAUUCUUGGAAUUCUCCAAAAAAUUCUCAAAGAACCAUGAAAACUCAUAGGGACACGCUUCGGAAUCAUCAGUAAAUGCUUAGGAAACCUUAGAAAAUCUGAGAAACUCUCUUAAACCGACGAGGAAUCUUCGAGAACCUGCAAAACCUGAUCCUGAGAAAGCGUAAAACCUUCGAGAACUCACGUGUAAAUUUUAAGAAUUCAUAGAAGCGCACUUGAGAACUCAAAGGGAACACUCAAGAACCUUUAAUAUCUCACGAAGAAUUCUUGGAAACUCACAUAGUACCUUUGAAAAUUUGUAGGAACGCAGUGGAAACCUGCGAAACGCUCAUUAGAAAUGAUCGGUUAAGCCAUAGAUUUUAUCCGGAAGCCGGAUAUUCUGAUCUUAUGACUAAUAAAAAAUAAGUUAACCAGUCCUUAAGUCUGUGAGAGUAUUACAAAGUUUAUAGUUAGAACUUUAAAUUUAGCUCUUCACGUAAAUUUCUGAACAGUGCUCACUGAAGUAAUGAAUUAAGAAUAUGCUUUUUUUGGAAAUUUGACACACACAAAAACCUCUGUGCGAAUCGCAUAAUUUCUUAAACAAUUUCAAUAUUCUUAAAGCAUUCUGCCUGAGACAUACUGUGUUUCCCUGAUUUUUCUGCAUUUUAUAUAAUUUUACCUCUACAUCAUCAAGCUCAUGUAAUGUCUGUAUCUAUCUAUACUUACUCUAAAAUAGUGACUAUAAAAUAUUUAUCAUGAGAAAUCGUUCCCCUUUAGUAAUUGUUAGACGUGUCCGUUGUAAUAAUGUUUCUGCUCUUAGUGAAGAAUAAAGAAAAAAGGGAUGUUAAUCGUAUAGAUAAAAGAUUGAGGAAGAGAUUUUUUUUUCAUAAAUUAAUUUUAUCCCUGUAAAAUGUAUGAUAUUGGCAUUUUGUAAUGAGUAAUAAUUAACUUAAGAGUCCCAUUCAUUCUCACACGAAUGUGAGGCAGAAAGCUCUUUUUUAGGACAAAGAAAAAAAUAAUAAUAACAAUUUCUUCCACCAAAUUCAUAAGACAUUUUGUAAACUUAAUGAAAAAAAAAGAAAAAAAACGAAUAGCUAAUUAUUUUCUUAUUAAUUGAAAUGACAAAAAAAGGCAGAUCAUUUGCAUAAUUAUACACAGGCCUAUUUGUAGCGUCAGCGGAAGGAAAAACUCAAUAAAUAUUUAGAAAAUAAAUAUAAAUAUUCAAUGAAGAGGACUACAACAUGUUAAAUGUAGAAGAAUUUAAAGGAAGAAUAGGAUGAAAGGAUGAAUUAUAAAUUAAAACACACAAAUUUAAUGUUUAUAGAGGAAAGAGGGAGUACUAAGAAAAAAAAAUGAAGCAAAAUCUAUUAAUAUGCACUAUUUUGCGGCACUCUUACAUUGAAUCUGUCCACGAGUAAUCUUAUUUUGAAUAAGAGAACGAUAGAGUUUUAAAACUUGUUUCAAAUCGAACUCAUCAUCAGCCAUCCAUUGAAUGCUUAAUAUCAAGAAUAUUUACACAAUAACUUAUAAUCUCUUAUAAUGAUAGUUUAAUGAUUAACGUCUUAGCUCUUAAGGGUAUUAUAAUAGAGAAACUUUUUUGAGAUAAAUGAAAAGAAUGAAGAAAGAGACGAAGAACAUUUGAAUAUGAUAAUAAUGACAUAAAUUAGUACCAGAGUCACUGGAAUGCAUAAAUGAAAAAUUAGCAGAAAGAAACAGAAUCGAAACACUUUUCAAAAAAAAAGAAAAAAAUAAAGUAAAGAAAUUUCUUUAAAUUACCGGAUAAAGACAUUGUGUACUCUAUAGAAGCUUUAUCAAUAAGAACAAUUUAUACUUGAAUUUUUGCAGAUGAUAUCACUGAGAAAUCAUUGCUCUUCUAAGUUAUUUCUCAACAUUUUACCUAUAAUUGCUCCUUAGUUCCAGUACACCCACAAUAUUCAGUCAAAAUGAUUCCCUCCCCCAUACGAUAACAUUUCCCCAAAUAAUUUUCCCCAAUUAUUUCCCGUUAAACUCCCACACGUCUGUGAAAAGAUGUAGAAAUUAAUUAAUGUAAUACGUGUUAAUAUAUUAGUAGCUUAAAUUAUUAUCAUUUUGUUGUUGUAAUACAUUCCAAGAAGAAGUGAAUCAAUAAAUAAAUUCUGAGGUGAAA